UAACCAUACUUUAUGUUCUCAACUUGAGUUUGUUUCAGUCUGUUUUUACCAUUUAACAAAGAUGCAUUCAACGAAAUUCCGUGACCUUCUGCAGGACUUCAAAGGUGAAUUCCAUAAAAAGAAAAACAAGAGGAAAUUGAGGGAAAAUGGAGACGUAACUGUGGAAGAGACAAAGAAGAGGAAAUUGAACAAGAAUACAGAAUUAAGUAACAGCAAUACAAGUGUAGAACUUGGCAUACAAUGUGAGCUGAUUCAAGUGUACAAAAAGAAAGGUUACAAUUUCUUUGGUGAAAAGAUAUCAAAUGCAGGUACAGAUAAUCCAGGAUUGACUUUGUCUGAUUCUGAUGAUGAAACAAUAGAUGCACGAAGCAAAAAAGUGAGAUUCAGCAGUGUCACAGAAGAACGCAUUAUUCCAAAUAAUGAUGAUACAAUUCAGAAUGCAGGACAUGGGAUUGAUAAUGCAGCAUUUGAUAUUAAAGCGAAAUCACCAGAAACUAAGAAACAUGUGAAGGAGAAAGGUGCUGGAAUGGUAAAUGCAGCCUUCACUUUAAAUGGACAAGAUGAAUCCACAUACAAAAAAGAAUUGGAGGUGAGAAGUGGAUCAAUCAAAGCUGGAGGCACUUCAAAUAUCUGUUUCAAUGAUGUUCAGGAAACUGUUGAAAACAUGCAGAAGAGCAUUGAAACAUUCCAAGCUGAGAUUGAGAAUGAUUUGAAUAAGGAUAAAGAUUUGGAGUUGUGCGAAGCUGAUUUGACUGCUAACAAUGAGAUAUUGGAUGAUGGAUGUAUAAAAAUUGGUGUAAAGGGGAUUGUCUUGAAUGAGCAAUCCAAGUACAUUAAAUGUGAUGAUAUUAACAACCCAAAAAGUUCCAUCAGGAAGCAUCUGAAGAAAGAUUUUAUCCUUGAAUUUAAGAACACCAAUUUACAUCAAAUCUUUGGCUAUGGUAUUAAAUUGGAUACUGAACAUAAUGAAUAAAUUUAUGUUAUUAAUAUUAAUAUUUUUUUUAAUAAUUGACUUUAUAUUAUUAUACAGAGCAAAACGUUAUAGUUUUAUACCAUUUAUUUAUUA